AACAUUCUGUUUUUCAUUUUUGUAUUUAUAAUUCAAAAUCAUUAUGAAUAGACAUGCUACCCACAUGACCGUUGUUGCCUCAACGUUCCAAAAGAAAAUCUAAAUUUUUUAAAAAAGUUCAUCCCUUUUUCCCACCUCUCUCUACUUACCGUUGCCAACGGCAACUCACUAACCCUACCACUCUCUCUCCUAAUUUCCUUCUCGUUCUAUCCUUCAUCACCAGCCAUGAAAAACCCUCCAACAAUCUGAACUUUUCUCCAUUCUUGAUCUUUCUCUAGUUUCUUGGUUCUUGAAUCUUUCUUUUCUCCAAAGGAGAUUCUGGGUUCCUUAUUGGACCAGUUCUAUUGGGUUUGCUUUUCUUGACUUGGUUGUUAUCAUUCAAGAAUUGAAUUCUUGAUGUGGAAAAUUCUUUCUUGAUUCUUGAUUGAACCAGUCAUAUUGGGUUUUACGUGUUUUGAUUUUGUAGCUGUCAUUUUACUUAGAUUCUUGAUUUGAAGAUUCUUUAGAAAAGGCCAUGGCGGCAUUGGCACCUGGAAUUCUACUGAAGCUUCUGAAUGGAAUGAAUACAGGGACGAAAGCCACUAGUGAACACCGGAGUUCGCUUCUACAGGUGACUGAUAUUGUCCCAGCUGACCUUGAUGAGAAAAAUCUCUGGCCUAAACAUGGAUUCUACAUUAAAGUCUCUGACUCUUCACAUUCAAUCUAUGUUAGUCUUCCUUCUGAACAAGAUGACUUUGUUCUUAGUAACAAAAUGCAGCUAGGCCAGUUCAUUUAUGUGGAUAGAUUAGAGCCAGGGUCUCCAGUUCCUGUUGUUAAAGGCGCAAAACCACUUCCUGGGAGACACCCAUUUGUAGGUACUCCAGAACCGUUAAUGGGUCUAAGAAGAAAGGGAGAGAAAGGUGAACAAAACCCCAACUCUAAGGCUCCAGGUCACAGAAGAGGUUCUUGGGGAACAGGGCAAAACCUGGAAAAUGGGGUUUCGUCUCCGAUGGUCUUGAAGCCAGUUCCAUUGGAUUUUGAUCAGUGUACGCCAGUGAAACAGAGGAUAAGUUGUGGGAAACCGGCCUCUCCGGUGAUAAGAGGGAGAAUAGGCAAAGAUGGAAGUGCGAGUGCAGGAAUUAGGUGUUCAUUUGGUGGUGGUUUACUGGCUAAAAUGGUAGAUGGAAAGGCAGAGAGCCCUGCAUUACUUAGAAAAAGCUGCAUCGCAACUUCUGCGUCGAAGUUUCCAAGAAGCAAAAGUGUCUGUGAACGUGAGGCUAGGAUCCCAGUUAGUCCCUUCAACUCAUGUGAAAAUAAAAGUUCAACUCCACUACCAAGUUUGAGAAAUGCAAAGGUGGUAACUUCCCUCAAAAUGGGUGGAGAUUCGCAGAAUUCCAACUCAAAGCCUCCACCGGAACUACAGUUUCAGUCUGGUAAUUCUGCUUCUGAUAAUAGUACCAGUCUGCCUAUCAAUUUGCCAGGAAAAUUGAGCAUGCUUGGCAAGGAAGCUGUGCAGCAGAGAGAAACAGCUCAGAAGAUUGCACUCCAGGCACUUAGAGAAGCUUCCGCUACUGAGACUUUAGUUCGAUCUCUCAAGAUGUUUUCAAACUUGAGCAAGUCUGCUAGACCGGAUGCCCCAGCAGCUUGUUUUGAUCAGUUUCUUGAAUUCCACAACCAAAUUGUACAAGCUGUUACUGAUAUAGUAUCCAUUGAAGCAGCUACUUCAGCUGCUGAAAUUGCUCAAAACCCAAAAGUUGAACAAAAAGAUAAUAGAAAGCAGCCUGAAGAGGAGUUCCCAAUCUUACAUGAAAUCAUACAGAACUCAGUGGACAGCCAAUCGAGGAACUCAGAACUAAGCUCAUCGAAAAGAAGAACAGCAUUGUACAAAUCAAUCGCUGCAUUUCCUGAAAGAAGCGAACAGCAGAAAGCAAAUCUAGGAAAGCUCCUACGAUCAAGUACGACUUUACAAAAGGCCGCCUCAUCAGAAAGAAAAGGUUCAUCUACUCCGCUCGGAAAACUUCCUCUUGAAGCUAUCAAUGAGAAUGAUGAAAACAAGAAACCAGGCAAUUGCAGUUUAAGCAAUACAAUUAAAUUGGGAAAACAGAUUGAAACUGAAGCUGGAAAUUGGUUCAUGGAGUUCAUAGAAAAAGCACUAGAAAAUGGGAUGAAGAAAUCUAAAGCUACUAGUAGUACUACAGAUGGGGAUGCUAAGAAAGUACCUCAGUCGCUAAUACUGAAAGUAAUAAACUGGGUAGAAGUAGAACAGUGUGACAGCAGCAAGCGGCCAGUUCAUCCCAAGGCGGCACAGAUAGCGCGAAAAUUGAGGAUCAAAAUGAAGAACCCUUGAAGAAAGUGUCUACAUUGUAUUAUUGGACAUAUGUUCCUAGACUGUUUGUUUCUGCCAUUGUCUGUUUGAAGUGUUGCAUUUGUUGAACUUGACAUUAUUUUGCACGUAUAAGAGAAUUAGAAUUUCAAUGGCAUUUAAUAUAAUUGCUCCUACCAGAUUCUAUUAA